AACAACCAGCUGACCGUCUGACCUCUGACGCGAUUUCCGAGUGGUUUCAAGUCUCGACCGUUAGUAAUUGAAAAAUUGAAGUGUGCAGAGCGAGUUUACUUUGUUACAAUUUUCCACUUAAAUAUCAAGAAAUAGUCAAAAGUAUUUAAAAAUGACUGAAAGGACAUCACGUAUUUCGUCCUACAAAAACGUCGGACAUGGAACCACAGAUCUCCGUCGUAAGAGAGCAGAGCUCAGUGUGGCUCUCCGCAAGCAAGCCAGAGAUGAGCAGCUCCUCAAGAGACGGGCUCUGUCCCCAGAGGCCGGAGAGGAGAUCAUUGACCAUACUGAAAAGGUUUUGACUCCUGAGGAAAUCGUGCAAGUUUUACGAACUGCCCUCUACUCCACAGGUCUCCGUGCCCCGGACCUCACCACAUUGACAGCAUCAGCUCGCGCCGCUCGUCGUAUGCUGUCCAGGGAGCAAAACCCUCCUAUAACCCCCAUGGUCAAGGCUGGUGUCAUCAAACCCUUGGUGGAUGCACUGGAUAGAGAUGACUGCCCUGACCUCCAGUUUGAAGCAGCAUGGGCUAUCACCAACAUUGCUUCUGGAACUCAUGAGCAUACCAUGGCGGUUGUUGACGGCGGUGCCAUCCCGAAACUAAUAAGCCUGCUAGCUCGCGGCGGGGCGGUGGGCGAGCAGAGUGCGUGGGCGCUGGGCAACAUCGCGGGCGACGGGACCAGCACGCGCGACGCGGUGCUGGCGCACGGGGCCCUGCCCGCGCUGCUGCCGCUGCUGGCGCCGCACACGCCCGCCAGCCAGCUGCGGACGGCCGUGUGGACCUACAGCAACUUCUGCAGGAAUAAGAACCCGCUUGUGAAAUUCGACUACGUAGCACCCGCGUUGCCGUAUAUUUCAGAGUUAUUGGAGGUUACCGAUCAAGAUGUAUUAGCCGACGCGUGCUGGGCGCUGUCGUACCUGACGGACGGCCCCAACGAGCGCAUCGAGGCGGUGCAGGCGAGCGGGCGGCUGCUGGCGCGGCUGGUGCGGCUGCUGGCGCACGCGGCCGCCGCCGUCAGGACGCCCGCGCUCCGGGCGCUCGGGAACAUGCUCACCGGCUCCGAUGAACAGACCGACCGUUGCCUAGACGCAGGUUGUAUAGAGCACAUCAUCUCGCUGCUACGCUGCGGCAAGCCCUCGCUGAUGAAGGAAGCCGCCUGGGCCGUGUCCAACAUCCUGGCCGGCACCCAGACACAGAUACAACGCGCCAUCGACCAACAAGUACUUGUGCAUCUCAUACAUGUGCUCGCUAAUGAGGAUAUUAAAUGUCAAAAAGAGGCAGCGUGGGCGAUCACAAACCUGUGCCUGGGCGGCACUCCGGAGCAGCUGGACGCGCUCAUCAGCGCCGGCUUCCUGGAGCCCUACUGCCUGCUGCUGGCCUCUCCCGACCACAAGGCUGUCUGCGUCGUGUUAGAUGGACUUACUAAUCUGUUACAAGCCGCAGUCAAGUUCGGUCAAGUAGAAGCUCUCUGCUUAAAACUAGAAGAAAUAGGUGCACUAGACCAGAUUGAAACAUUACAACAACAUGAAAAUGAACAGGUCUACAAGAAAACUCUACACAUUCUAGACACAUACUUUGCGGAGCAAGACGACCCCACUGCCCAGCCAGCACAGACUGAAGAAGAAUUCCAAUUUGGCACCACCCAACAACCAAACAUCAACUUUUAGCAUUAAUAUACACUUUAUAACACAUUUUAGUACCAAACUGCAUUUAAAAGAAUUACAGAAUUCUCUUAAUACAAUCAGAUUUUCAAAACAACUGCUAAUUAGUACAAUUUUUGUAAGAAAUCGAAAAUAAUUAUCUCCUAGUGAUUGUUUAGGGACCAACUAUGUAAACUCUGUAAUAUUUAGUUAUAAUAUUAGUACAAUAAUUAGAUUUAAAGAUAUUCAGGGCUAUUAAUAAGUACUUAGAACCAAGCUGGUCUUGGAAAAGUCUUGAUUAGACUGAGCUUAGAUUAUUAAAUGAUGUAACGGUUUACUCACGCGUAUUUAUCGGGGGUCAGCCCGUCGCGUCAGCUCAUUAUUAAGGA